UGGUGUUUUAGAGCUCCUCUGAUUGGCUGUGUGUCCUCCUGCAGGAUCUUGAAUAAGUUCCUGGACAGCUACCAGGAGGACAUGCUGCCGUGGCACGAGAGCAUUGAGCCCUGCCUGUCCUCCAUGACGGCCUUCAUCAACGACAGAGAGGUGGUCCAGCAGUUUAUACGCUUCCUGUACCGGCUGGCGUCCUUGAACAAGGACUAUGCGGUGGUGAUGUGUCGUCUGGGGACAAAGGAGGCUCUGGUGAAAGCUCUGGACAAACACAGCACUAACCUGCUGCUGGUCACCGAGCUGCGAGACCUCAUCACCGACUGCGAGAAGUACGCCAGCCUCUACAAGAAGAUGACCACCAGCGUGCUCGCCGGAUGCAUCCAGGUACGCCAGAGACACGUUUAACCGCUCAUACUGAUCCGCUCUGAGACAG